AUGGGUUGUCGAAGUAAAGUUGAAUUAACUGUUUGCCAAAUCGUUUUCUUAAUAUCGCUUUGUAUUAUCGCUAUUCUUAUUGCCGUAAUCGGUUGGUUUCGUGGAAUUGAUCCACCAGGGGAUAACAUAUCGGUAUCAUCUAACUAUCUUAAAAAUGUCACGCCAAUUGCUCGUAGCCACAUACGGACAAUGCCAUAUCUUGAUAAUAUCGGUUCACCUCCUCUAUUAAAUAAUCCACAUUUAUAUGUACAAUGGACAUUUCUACAAAUGAAUGAUGUUUAUGAACUUAAACCGUUAGGUGGUGGGAAAAAGGGUGGUAUGGCUCGUGUAGCAACAAUUAGGAAAUUAUUACUUCAGGAAAAUCCAAAUACAAUUACUGUUAUAGCGGGUGAUAUUGUUAGUCCAUCAGCAUUAGGUAAUAGUAUGGUUAAUGGAACAAUGUUAAAUGGUAAACAAAUGAUUGCCACAUUAAAUGUUCUUGGUCUUGAUUAUGCAACAUUAGGUAAUCAUGAAUUUGAUUUAAAAGAAGCAUCAUUACGUCGUCGUUUAAAUGAAUCACGAUUUCAAUGGAUAGCAUCAAAUGUUUAUGAAGUUAAUACAACACAACCAUUUCAUAAUGUUUUACCAUAUAAAAUAUUAACAAUUUCAAAUAUUAAAAUUCUUCUUAUUGGUUUAACUAUAGACGAUAAUCUUGGACCAACAUCAAAUGGUCCAUAUGUUCAUAUAACAUCACAACGAACAUUACCAGUAUUUACUGAACAAUAUAUAAAACAUCUUCGUAAUGAUUUAAAUUUAAAAUGGGAUGUACUUAUUUGUUUAACACAUCUUAAUCUACAAAAUGAUAUUGAUAUAAUUGAACAUAAUCCAAAUAUUCAUGUAGUUAUGGGUGGACAUGAACAUGAAAAUUAUUAUUUAAAACGUGGAUCAAAAUAUACACCUAUAUAUAAAGCAGACGGUAAUGCACUUUCAGUAUUUAUUCAUCGUUUUGCAUAUCAACCUAAAACAAAACAAUUAUUAAUCUUUUCUAAACUGACACAAGUAGUAGAUCAUUUUUCUGAUGAACCACAAACAGCUCAAAUAGCAAAUUAUUAUUAUGAAGCAGGUUUACAAGCUUAUCGAGAGCAAGGCUUUUUACCUGAUCGUAUAGUAUGCAUUUUACCACCUGGAUUUACUUUUGAUGGUCGUUCAACAAUAAUACGUUCUCAACAAUCACAUUUAACACGUGCAUUAUGUACAGCUAUGAUGGAUGCAACUAAUACAACAAUAUGUGUAUUUAAUGCAGGUGCUGUUCGUAUUGAUGAUCAAAUAAUGGGUACAAUAACACAAUAUGAUAUAUUACGUUGUUUACCAUUUGCAGCAAGUCUUAUAACAAUACGUAUUAAUGGUUCAGCACUUGUUAAAAUAUUAAAUCGUGGUCUAAUGCAUAUAAAUACUGGUAUGUUUAUAUCCUAUUCUGGUUUAGAAUAUGAUGCAACAAGAGAAAAAUGGUAUCUACGAUCUAACCGACAAUUACUUGAUGACGAAAAUUUAUCAUUAACUUUUGUUUCAAUACCUUAUUUUUUUCAUAAUACUGAUUUAAGACAUUCAGCGACGAUUUUACAUACACAUACAACAAUAACAAGAGCUUUUAUUGAUUACCUUGAACGAACAUAUCACAAGUCGAAACAUCAUCAGUUACUUGCAUAG